AUGUCAACUCGUCGCCAAAGCCUGCGCAGUGCAACCAACCCGGAGGAGCGAAGUCCGGAGAAGACGUCUUUACCAUUUUUGCUAAAUUAUUCUGCACCGGGAAACCACAGCUCCGGAGAUGUCAAUCGCGUUCUCUCUCUGUUCUCGACUGCGGAAUCCGUUGAUGAAAGUCUGGACACUGCCCUGCCAAGCCGUGGCGUUGAAGCUGAUCAAGCUCAUCUCUUCUUCGAAGAUUCUUGGAACAUGUUCUUUGGUUCUUUCAAGAUUGAUGGACAAACUCAAAGCUCAACACUGCCACUAGGGCUGGAAGACCUAGAUCAACGCCAGACAGCUUCUGCCAGAAUGGUUGAUUGCAUUGUCAGAUCAAGAGCCAUGAGUGGCAACUAUGAAGCAGCCCCUAGCCCUGUUAACGCGCAGGAAUUCUUUGCAGAGCACAAGGUAGGUGACUAUAUUGAGGCGUACUUCGAGCGAAUAGUGCGCCCGCGGUCUCGCAUCGUCUUGAAAUCUACCUUCAACUUGGAGACAGUCUCCACUCCGUUGCUACUGUCCAUGUUUCUGAUGGGCGCGGACUGCGAUACGUCCGAUAGCGUCAAACUGCAAGCCAUUGAAUAUGCCGAAAUUGCAGAAGAGGUGGUCUUUGAAAGCGCGGACUUCCAACGGCUAAUGUACAGAAAGCAAGAAACCGGCGGGGCCUCGUUAGAGGCGAAUGAAAUUGAGUUGAUCCAAGCUGCGAUCCUUAUACUCUUGAUUCAAUUAUCAAGUCCCAACGCUGCAACGCGCCGUCGGACUCGAAUUCAGCGGUAUCCAGCUCUGCAGGCUAUUCCGUCAUGA